AAAGUGUGAAAGACCCUCAGUCCGUUGAGGGCAAUAAAAGUGUGAAAGACCCUCAGUCGGUUGAGGGCAAUAGUAGUCUUGGGUUCCUCUGUCAUUCGAUCAUCAGCCCUUCUUUUGUCUCAUCACAAGUUCUUCUUGCCAUUUAGAAGUAACUUGCUAACCAUGACAGACAAUGGUCAAGCCGCUGCCAUUGGAAUUGGCGUGGCUACCUUGGUGGUAGGAACUGCCGCCUACGUGUUUGCGAAGCGACCAGAAACCCCCGAUAACAACAAUAUUCGAGAUUUGGAGGGUAAGACCGUCUGUAUCACUGGCGGCAACGUGGGGAUUGGACGUGCCACUGCCGAGGCUUUGAGCAAGAGAGGCGCUUCCAAGAUUCUGAUUGGAUGUCGCAAUGUGGCUUCGGCACGAGAUGGAAUUUGCCAAGACAUUGAUCGUUGCGAUGCCUUUGCCUUGGACUUGAGCGAUCCAUUAUCCAUCAAUUCCUUUGCCGAGAGUAUAGCAAAUCAUACAUCACGCUCUGGGUUGCACAUGUUGAUCAAUAAUGCCGGUGCUAUGAUUGCCGAACACGAUAAGCAAACCACUGACGGGUGGGAUCGUUCUAUCGCCGUCAACCAUUUGGGAUGGGUAGCGUUGACGCAAAAAUUGCUACCCUUGCUGGAAAAGACGGCAGAAAACGCAACAAAUAACCAAACUGUUCGGAUUAUCAAUGUCGGAUCCAAAUUGGAACGACGUGCCGUCCUACCUCAAGACAAAAACUCGGCACCUGCGUGGGAUGAAUGGAUGCAGUCGUCGCCCGUCCCCUACAAGGUAUUUCCAGCAUAUGCCAAGGCCAAGUUUGCCAUGACUAGCAUGACAUUUCUAUGGGCAAAGCAAUUCGAAGAACAACCCGACAAUCGAAUCAAAAUGAUCAUGGUAUCACCGGGCGUGGUCCACACAUCUCUCUCCCGGUUCAUGCCACUGUGGCAACGGAUUCUAUCGUGGCCCAUUCGACGGUUCGUCAUGAGGACUCCACAAAAGGGUGCCGAAACAGUUAUUUAUGCAGCAACAUCUCCUGAUGCCGUUUCGGGGGCGUACUAUUCCGACUGUGCGGACAUUCGCAACAAGGAAUUGUGCUCGGAAGCGUCCAUGUCACCGGAGAUUGGUCAACAAAUUUGGGAGGCCACGAUGCGGGCACUAGACAAGCGAAAGCAGGAUUAGUAACCAUAAUCGUAACCUAGCUAGAGUUAGAUUUUUCUUCCUUU